AUGCUGGACACUUCGACAGUACAGGCCCGGAGGGCAAGAUCGAGGGAGCCGUCUCAAAUCCCAGAAGAAAAGAUCACCAUGAUAGGCGAGACAGACAUGCCCCAAGGAAUGCAAUCACAUGCGCUACGCGUAGCGUCGGAAGCCUUGAACUCGCACAACGUCAACGACUGCAAGGAGAUUGCUUGCUACAUAAAGAAGCAAUUCGACAAAACAUAUGGACCAGGAUGGCAAUGUGUGACAGGCGUUAGCUUCGGCUCCUACAUCACCCACUCAUCGGGCUCCUUCAUCCACUUCUGCAUAGACAGAUUGGCCGUCAUGCUCUUCAAAGCAGCCACUUGA